CGCGUCGAUCGGGAACGAGCUAGAGCGAGAGGCUGGGUGCGACGUUGCUUUGCCGAAGAAGAAAGAAGAGAGAAGCAGCAGGAGGAAGGGUGAAGGCCAUGGGAAGAGAAGAAGAGGAGGAGCAGCGGCAGAGCAACGCUACAGAGGACCGUCCCGUUCGGGUUUACGCUGACGGGAUCUACGAUCUCUUCCACUAUGGUCACGCCCGUUCCCUCGAGCAGGCCAAGAAGCUGUUUCCUAAUACUUACCUGCUCGUUGGCUGCUGUAAUGAUGAGCUCACGCACAAGUAUAAGGGAAAGACCGUCAUGAAUGAACAGGAGCGCUACGAAUCUCUCCGCCACUGCAAGUGGGUAGAUGAAGUCAUUCCCGAUGCUCCAUGGGUGAUCACACCAGAGUUCCUGGACAAGCACCAAAUCGACUAUGUUGCCCACGACUCUCUUCCUUAUGCUGAUGCAAGUGGUGCUGGGAAAGAUGUCUACGAAUAUGUUAAGUCCAUAGGAAAAUUCAAGGAAACAAAGAGGACGGCUGGAAUUUCCACAUCAGAUAUUAUCAUGAGGAUUAUCAAAGAUUACAACAAGUAUGUGAUGCGAAACCUUGCGCGGGGAUACAGCAGAAAGGAUCUAGGUGUUAGCUAUGUGAAGGAAAAGCGACUCAGAGUGAACAUGGGCAUAGAGAGGUUGCGUGAGAAAGUGAAGAGACAGCGGGAAAAAGUGGGAGAGAAGAUCCAAACUGUGGCAAAAACUGCUGGCAUGCAUCGUAACUUAUGGGUAGAGAAUGCUGAUCGGCUCAUAGCUGGUUUUCUAGAGAUGUUCGAAGAACGUUGUCACAAAAUGGGUACGAAGAUUAGGGACCGAAUCCAGGAGCAACUAAUCGGGCAGCAGACAAGAGGCUUCCUUAUUGACAAAGAAGGCAAUGACGUUGAGGGGUACGAUUACAGUGAAGAGAGCAGUGAAGAUGAAGAAUCCUACAGCGAGGGAGAUGAAGAGAAUGGAAACAAGUGAUAAAGGUUGGUUUUUUAUGUCUUGAUUGCUCUUAAAGUGAGGCAAGUAUGGGGGUAUUAGAUGGACCUCUCGCCUCUUAUGAGCUUGACUAGGCCUUUGUGCUCAAUGGGUGCUUUCUGCCAUUUCUAUUGCAAAGGGAGAAGUUCUCUUCGACACAUCUGAAUGUAGUACCUAUUUGAGGAAUCUGACUAUUUUUAACACUGUGGUUGUGUUUA